AUGAAAAGGGACUGGUUCUGCUUCUCCUGUUUGUCAAAAAUUACAUUCAAGAAGUUUUUGUGGGGUGGUUUGAAGAGGAGUGAGUGGGCAGAACUUGAAUUGCAGUCUGUAACUGAUUGUAUUCUCUUUGCAGGGAAAGCCUAUGAGGUAACAUAUGUGCGGCUGACUUUCAAAUCGUCACGACCAGAGAGUUAUGCUAUAUAUAAGCAGACUCAUCAAGAUGGACCAUGGAUACCCUAUCAGUAUUAUAGUACUGUGUGUCGUGAUCAAUAUGGCAUUGAGGGAGAUGUGCCCAUCCGGAGAGGAGAUGAGGCUCGUGCAUAUUGUUCAUCUGAAUACUCUGACAUCUCCCCUCUGACUGGAGGAUCUGUGGCUUUUGGUACUUUGGAAGGCAGGCCUUCUAACCUGCAAUUUGAGCAGCAUCAGCAGCUACAGGAAUGGGUGACUGCUACUGCCGUCCGGAUCACUUUGGAUCGAAUGAACACCUUCCGUGAUGAGCUGUUUGGAAAACCAGAAGUCUUGAAAUCGUAUUAUUAUGCCAUCUCUGAUCUUGCUGUUGGUGGCAGGUGCAAGUGCAAUGGCCAUGCCAGUGAAUGUAUUCUGCGCCAAAACCAUUAUGGAGAGAUGCAGCCGAUCUGCAAUUGCUCCCAUUUCACUGAUGGUGUGGACUGUGAAAAAUGCCUACCAUUUUACAAUGAUGCUCCAUGGGGAAGAGCAACCAAAGAUGGUGUUCAUGAAUGCAAACGGUGCAACUGCAAUGGUAGGGCAGCCCAAUGCUACUUCGACCAGGAAUUGUAUGAGCGAACAGGGCACGGUGGACAUUGUGUUAACUGCACAGGCAACACUGCUGGGCCAAACUGUGAACGCUGCAAGGACAACUUCUUCAUGAGAUCUGAUGGGACUUGCAUUCCCUGUGACUGUGAUGAAAUUGGAUCCCGAAGUCUGCAGUGCAGCAGUGAAGGAAGGUGUCAGUGUCGACCAGGAGUAGGAGGUGAUAAAUGUGACAGGUGUCUUCCAAAUCAUUAUGGAUUUGGGCGUCUGGGAUGCACCCCUUGUGGUUGCAAUCCUGCUGGGAGCCUUGACAACACCCCUAGGUGUGAUCCUGGGUCUGGAGAAUGUAUGUGCAAGAGCAAUGUAGAAGGGAGACGCUGUGACAAAUGUAAACCAGGUUACUUCAACUUGGACAUGGGCAACACCUUUGGUUGCACCCCAUGCUUCUGCUAUGCUCAUGCUUCAGUUUGCCAUUCAGCACCUGGAUAUGCCAAGACCACCAUAGAGAGCAUAUUUUCAAGAGGUAAUGAGCGGUGGACAGCAGAGGAUGUGUUUGGACAGCCUGUGGAAUUCCAGUACAAUGCUGUGUCUCAGAACAUAGGGGUCCAAGCUCCCUCAAGAGAUGCAGUAUACUUUGUGGCUCCUGAACGUUUCCUUGGCGACCAGCGUUCUGCCUACAACCAGCUCUUGUCCUUCUCCCUUCGCAUUGGAGAAGUAGGACCCAGAGCCAAAAAAGAUGACAUCAUUAUUGAAGGAGCAGGUCUUCAGCUUUCUCAGACCAUUUUUGGACAAGGAAAUCCUCUCCCAAAUGUUCAGAAUCAACGGUAUGAUUUCCGCCUUCACGAACACAGAGAUCAUGGCUGGAGUCCUAAUCUCUCAGCUCGUGAUUUCAUCAGUGUCUUAUCCAAUAUCACUGCAAUCAAACUUCGUGGAACUUACACUGCUGAAGGUGUUGGUUAUUUGGAUGAUGUACAACUUGAGGUGGCCCAGAGGGGAGCAAUUGGAUCUCCUGCCAAUUGGGUAGAGACGUGCACAUGUCCUGAGGGCUUUGUGGGACAAUUCUGUGAGUCUUGUGCUCCUGGAUACCGUCAUGAUCCACCAAAUGGAGGACCUUUUGCACGCUGCGUGCCUUGCAACUGCCAUGGACAUGCUAGUAUUUGUGACUCAGAGACAGGUCAGUGCAUCUGCCAGGAUAACACAGCAGGUGCAGCUUGUGAACUCUGUGCUCGGGGGUACUAUGGUAAUGCGCUGCAAGGCACAGACAAUGAUUGCCAACAAUGCCCAUGUCCAGAUGGUGGAGCAUGUCUCCAGUUGUCUGACAACACUGUUGCAUGUCUUGAGUGCCCAAAGGGAUAUGCGGGACAUAGAUGUGAGCUGUGCACUGAUGGCUUCUAUGGUGAUCCCACUGGACAGCAUGGAGCCAAAAGGCCAUGCCAACCAUGUGAUUGCAAUGGCAAUGUAGACCCAAAUGCAGUUGGCAACUGCAAUCGCACUACUGGUGAAUGCCUCAAAUGCAUCUACAGCACUGGUGGUGCCCGUUGUGAUCAAUGUCUCGCUGGUUAUUUUGGAGACCCACUCGCUUUCCCAAAAGGGGAUUGUAAAGCAUGUGGCUGCAAUCCCUAUGGAACUGUGCAACAGGAAAAGGGAGUCACACUUUGUGAUCAGCUCACUGGUCAAUGCCAAUGCAAACGAUAUGUCAUUGGCCAAAAAUGUGACCGCUGUGCAGAUGGAUACUACAACUUGAGGAGUGGAGGGGUCUGUAACAUUUUUGGCUGUCAGCCAUGCAAUUGUGAUCCUAUUGGCUCAGUGAACAUAACAUGUAACACGGAGACUGGUCAAUGCUCCUGCAAGCCUGGUGUGGUAGGCCUGCGAUGUGACCAGUGUACUGCAUACUCAUAUGGCUUCUCCUUUGAAGGAUGCAAGCCAUGUGAAUGUGAUCAAAUAGGUUCUGUGAAUCUUCAGUGUGAAAAGAAUGGACAAUGCCCUUGCCGUGAUAAUGUUGAGGGAAGGCAAUGCAAUCGAUGUAAGGAGAACAAAUAUGACAGACAAGCAGGAUGCCUUGACUGUCCUCCUUGCUACAAUCUUGUCCAAGAGGCUGUGAAUGUUCACAGAGGCAGGUUGACAGAAAUAGAAGGGUUGUUAGAUGAGAUUGCAACCAAUCCAACAGUUGCAGAAGACAUUAACUUUGAAAUGAAGCUGCAAGAGAUCCAAAGAAAAGUAAAUCAGCUCCUUCAUGAUACUCGAUCAUCUGCUGUGGCUGCUGCAGGCAGUGAAAAGAGUUUGGCUGAGCAGCUGGAGGAACUGUAUAAUCGCAUCGAUGAGCUCCGUUCACGUAUAGCUGACAUAGCAGACAGAGUGACUGAAGCAGGGGAGAAAUCCCAAGAUGGAGAGAGGACAAUUACCCGGGCAGAAACAGUGAUUAGAGAAGCCAAGAGUGAACUAAAGAGUGUACAACGUUUUCUGGAGUCAGAGGGACAAGAUGCAUUGCAACGAGCAAAGGAACGAUCAGAACAGUUUGGACAGCAAAGUGAGCGGAUGUCUGACAUAUCCCGAGAGGCACGCCAGCUAGCUGACAAGCACGAAGAAGAAGCACGGCAGAUUGAAACAAUGGCACGUGAUGCCUUCAACACCUCCUUGACAGCAUAUAACCUGGCUGUGGAAGCAAUUGAACAGCAGCGGCUUACCAGCCAGAAUUUGUCAGCUCUUGACCGAGAUGCAGAUCGGACCCUGCAGCUCCUUGCUGAAACCAAAGACCUCUCAGCCCGAAGUCAGGAACAGGCCACAAAGGCUGAGCAGGAAGCCUUAUCAAUUAUUUCACAGGCCAGGCUCUUGUCUCAGUCUAGUGUUGAUGUCAGUGGCCUCAAGAAAGAUGCAGAGAAACUUAAAGAUGAAGCCCAGCGAAUUAACGAUGAGGCCAGAGACUUGAUGACGGAUAAUUCAGCCUUGAUGGGGCAAAUACAGAAUCAAAUGAAAGAUGCUGAGCAGUUGAAGCAGAGAGCAAUCUCUCAACAACAGGAAGCUGAUGGUCUACUUGCUGAUGUUGAUGCUGCUCAUGCAACCGCUGAUGAAGCCGUUAAGAAGGGUAAUGCAAUCUUAGAGGAUGCCAAGAAAACCCUUGAAACGCUUCAAGGUUUUGACAUGGAGGUUCAGUCAAGCAAGGAUGAGGCAAUGCAAGCAUUGAGUGAAGUAGACGAGAUUGAAGAUCUAAUACGAGAGGCCCAGGAUCUUACAAAAGAUUCUCAACAGGCUCUCAAGGGUGCCCAGAGCAAUGCACAAGAUGCUUGGAAGGUGGCCAAGGAGGCUGAAGAGACUGCUCGCAGAGCCUCUCAGGAGGCAGGAGAAAUACUUCGUGAUGCCCGAGACACAAAGCACAAAGCAGAUGCAACAAGAGGGCAGGCUGAAGAUACACAAAGAGAGGCCUCGCAGACUAAGUCCACUUUGUCAAAGUAUGAGGAGCAAGUGAAAGAGGAUGCUGAACUUUCAUUGGAGGCAUUGAAGCGAGCCAACGCUGCAAAAAACAAUGCACAAGAAGCAUCCAAGAGUGUUGCCAAAGCACUUGCUGAAGUGCAGAAGAUCCUCUCAGAUCUCAACCGUCUAGAAUCGCCGAAAAAAGAUGAGAUUGAGGAGCUGGAAAGGAAACUGAAUGAGACAGAAACAAGGCUCCAGCAAGCAGGCCUUGAGAGCAUUUUGACAGACCUGAAGGAGGCUCUUGCUCUCCAGGUAUGA